AUGGAAGAGGGAAAUCAGUCUGGAGUCUCAGAGUUUAUCCUCCUGGGCCUUUCAGAUGAGCCAGAACAACAAAGAUUCCUUUUCUUCCUGUUCCUACUUAUGUACUUAAUCACAGGUCUGGGGAACCUGCUUAUCAUACUGGCUACUAGCUCUGAUCCCCGCCUCCACACCCCUAUGUACUUCUUCCUUGGCAACUUGUCUCUGGUUGACAUCUGUUUUACCUCUACCACCAUUCCCAAGAUGUUAAAUAAUCACAUAUCCAAAAACAAAACAAUCACUUAUGCUGGGUGCCUCACACAAGUAUUCUUCUUCAUUUGGUUCACAGAGAUUGAUAGCGUCCUCCUGGCCACCAUGGCUUAUGACCGCUAUGUGGCUAUUUGUAACCCACUACACUACAGCACAGUCAUGACACCAAGGAUCUGUGCCCUAAUGGUAAUAGUAUCUUGGUUUUGGUCCUUUACUAAUGCCCUGACACAGACCAUCUCACUGACACGACUCUCCUUCUGUGGCCACAAUGAAAUUCCUCAUUUCUUCUGUGACCUCAGUGCCCUUCUAAAGUUGACCUGCUCAGACACCUUCAUUAAUGAUUUGAUAGUCAAUACGAUGGGAGCACUGACAAUAUUUCUAUCCUUCAUUGGAAUAUUAGUUUCCUAUGGUUACAUUUUCUUAGCUGUAUUGAAGAUCUCCUCUGUGAGUGGGAAGCAGAAAGUUUUCUCCACUUGUGGAUCCCAUCUCACUGUGGUCUGUCUCUUCUAUGGGACAAUCAUUGGAGUGUACUUCAGUCCCACAUCCACCCACACAGCCCAACAAGAUACAGCAGCAGCUGUGAUGUACACUGUGGUCACCCCCAUGCUGAACCCUUUCAUCUACAGCCUAAGGAACAAGGACAUGAAAGGAGCUUUGAGGAUGCUCCUUACCAGGAAACCAGGAUUAAUUCUAUGA